UUGCGAAAACUAAACUAAAAUCUCUCGUCUCUCCCUGGAUUUUUGGUUCCUUUAUAGAUUGCUUCAUCUCUGCUAGAUUCCUCUUCACACUCUAAAUCAUCCAAAAUUCAAGAUCGUAUACACACAUACACACCUUCAAAGAAUCAAUCUCAUCUCUCCGUCUCCACUCCUCCAGCUCAAAAGCCUAAACGCACCGAUCAACACCCCCUAACCUCCAUUUAGGCUGAAUCGUCUACUGUUAAGCUCCCAAAAAACCUAUGUUUUUCUCCGGCGAUCCUUCCACUCGGAAACGAGUCGAUUUAGGAGGCCGGAGCACCAAGGAGGGAGACGCUCGCAAGCUUCUUGAGCAGACCAGGAUUGAGCGUAGUCGCCGUCUCCUUCACAAGCAGCAGAACUCCGCUUCCCUCAAAAUUCAGAAAUUCUUUAGAGGUAGAAGAGCAAUGGCCGUUGAGCGCUCCAAGCUGCGGCGUAACUUCUGUGAAACGUAUGGGGAUAAUUGCCAGAAUGUCGAUAGGCAUUGCUUUGAUCCAGAUUCUAGUUUCCUUCGUCAGUUUCUGUUUUUCUUCAAGGCGCAAAACUCUGGAGAUUUUGUGAUGCUUGUGGAGACGUGUCGUCUACUGCGAGAUUUUGCACACAGCAGUGGUGACGUUCUCAGCCUUUUCUCUGGCUUGGACUAUUCUACGGAGCUUAGUUUAGUGGAUUUUAGAGUAAAGAAACUUGCAUUUACCUGCAUCGAGGCUAUACAUUACAACAGGGAGCGUUUAAGGGACCAGCUCUUAGUUACUACUGAGGAAGCUAGCAUUUCGACAGCUAUCUUGAUGGAUGCAAUGUCGUUGUUGCUAGAUCCUAAGCUGCCUUGGGUUUGCAAAAUAGUUAGUCAUCUACAGAAAAGAAACAUAUUCAAACUGGUCAAAGAAAUUGUGACUACGGCUAAGGAAGCCGCAAGAGGUCCAACUAUGAACGGCAGCAUCCUUUCACUAGAAAGAGUAUUGGUCCUGGUAGUACCACAUGUUGGCCGUGAGCUAUGUUGCUGCGCUGUUGUUGAUCCACGUUGGAGUUUCUCAUCUAUGAUCCUUACCAUACCCUUUAUAUGGAAGCUCUUCCCAACCUUGAAAGUGGUAUUUGCCAACCCAAGUCUAAGUCAACACUACAUUCACCAGAUGGCUUUCUGUAUCCAAAAGGAUAACCAUGUUCUCCCAGUAGAUACAAACACAGAAUUUCCUGGUUAUGCUUGUCUUCUUGGUAAUACAUUGGAAAUUGCAAACGUGAACCAGAAGUGGUCAUCCAUGCCUAGUGUCCUACCUUAUCUUCCAGCGGAUGCCCCGGGCUGGCUAUUACCUCUGGCUGUCUUUUGUCCUGUUUAUAAGCAUAUGCUUAUGAUAGUAGACAGUGAGGAGUUUUACGAACGAGAGAAGCCACUGUCGCUACAAGAUAUCAGGUUGCUUAUCAUCAUUCUCAAGCAAGCUUUAUGGCAGUUACUAUGGGUGAAUCCACUUACACAACAUAACUCCGCGAAAUCUGUCUCCAACGACCUCUUUAAGAAGAACGAUGUUGGCCUGAUUCAGAACAGGGUUGGGGUUGUAGUCGCUGAGUUACUUUCACAGUUUCAAGAUUGGAACAACCGUCAACAAUUCACUUCCUCGAGCGACUUUCAAGCUGAUACAGUCAAUGAAUAUCUUAUCACUCAGGCCGUAGUGGAAGGUACAAGAGCCAACUACAUACUGAUGCAAGCUCCAUUCCUAAUUCCGUUUACAAGCAGAGUCAAAAUAUUCACAACACAAUUAGCAACGGCGAGGCAGAGUCAUGGAUCUGAAGAAACUUUUGCUCGAAAUCUGUUCAGAAUACGAAGAGAUCACAUCUUGGAUGAUGCUUACAAUCAAAUGAGUGCAUUAUCAGAGGAUGGUCUCCGAGGACCAAUUCGUGUGACAUUUGUCAAUGAGCUCGGAGUUGAGGAAGCCGGUAUUGAUGGUGGUGGCAUUUUCAAAGACUUUAUGGAGAAAAUUACCCUAGCAGCGUUUGAUGUGCAGUAUGGAUUGUUUAAGGAGACCGCUGAUCACAUGCUUUAUCCUAAUCCUGGAUCAGGAAUGAUACAUGGGCAGCAUCUCCAAUUCUUUCAUUUUCUCGGGAGCCUUCUCGCAAAAGCUAUGUUUGAAGGGAUUCUAGUUGAUAUACCAUUUGCAACGUUUUUCCUCAGUAAACUGAAACAAAAGUACAACUAUUUGAACGAUUUGCCUUCUCUGGAUCCUGAGUUGUAUAGGCAUCUUAUAUUUCUGAAGCGUUAUAAGGGUGAUAUAUCAGACUUGGAGCUUUACUUUGUUAUUGUGAACAAUGAAUAUGGAGAGAGAACAGAGGAAGAGCUACUUCCUGGGGGAAAAGACAUGCGAGUGACAAAUAAGAAUGUUAUAACUUUCAUUCAUCUGGUUUCCAAUCAUCGGUUAAACUUUCAGAUACGUCAACAGAGUUCUCACUUCUUGAGGGGGUUUCAGCAACUCAUUCCAAAAGAAAGGAUCGAUAUGUUCAACGAACAUGAGCUACAGGUUCUCAUAUCUGGUUCAGGCGAUAGUUUAGAUAUUGACGACUUGCGAAAGAACACCAAUUAUGGUGGAGGCUACAACGUUGGACAUUAUGUGAUUGAUAUGUUUUGGGAAGUAAUUAAAAGCUUCUCAUCCGAGAACCAGAAGAAGUUCUUAAAAUUUGUGACGGGAUGUUCAAGAGGACCACUGCUCGGUUUCAAAUACUUAGAACCUGCAUUCUGCAUACAGAGGGCUGGUGGUAGCGUGAGUAAUGAAGCAGUUGAUAGACUACCGACAUCAGCUACUUGUAUGAACCUUCUUAAGCUUCCUCCCUAUCAAAGCAAAGAGCAACUUGAAACCAAAUUGAUGUACGCUAUAAGCGCUGAAGCGGGUUUUGAUCUGAGCUGA